GAGCGAUCUAGCGUUCCAGCUAAAAAUCUUCGCUCUCCACUUCUGUGUAUACAUUAUCUUUUAUCUUGUGAGUUGGGGUAAAUUGUAAGAUGGCUGCGAUUUGUUUGAUUGCCUCAGCGAGGCGCGAGUUGUGUUUGAAAUGUCCUUUCUGAUAAAUCUAAUCGCCUUCGCGAGUCCACAAAUUAAUAACAGAAAAAAAAUCUAUUUUCGGACAUCAACCGAUAGUUGAUUCUGGAGUUUAGAUUCGAUGCGAUAAUGUAAGAUAAAAACUGAAUUUAGAGUAUAAAAGGAAUGCAUUUGGCAUCUUGCAGAGUAUAGCAAACAAACAUGUUCAAGUUGGUCCUAGUAUCUGCUCUUGUAGCCGCGGUUUCCGCUACGAAUCCCAGGAUUCCACAACUCGAUGGUCGCAUCAUCGGAGGCCAAGAUGUCAACAUCGAGGACUACCCAUACCAAUCGUCUCUUUUGUUUUUCGGUGCCCACGUUUGCGCUGCUUCCAUCCUCAGCGAAAGGUUCGUCCUGACCGCCGCCCACUGCACCAAAGGAUCUACUGCUAAUGAAUUGAGCGUCCGCGCCGGAUCUUCCCACCUGGGAACCGGAGGCGUCGUUGUUCAGGUCAAGAGGAUCUUGAAAAACCCACAGUACGACUCAUGGACCGUCGAUUACGACAUGGCCCUCUUGGAAUUGGAUUUUCCUCUUCCAUUGGGUCCCCGUAUCCAGCCCAUCGCUUUGCCAAGAUCCUCUCAAACCGUGCCUGUAGGCUCUCAAGCCGUCGUCUCCGGAUGGGGCGUGACCGAAGAGAAUGGCCCAAGCUCCCUGCAACUCCAAGCUGUUAACGUGAACGUCGUCAGCAGCCAAGACUGCCAAGAAUCUUACGGAAGCACCCCAGUCACCGAACGCAUGAUGUGCGCCGCCGUUCCUGGAGGAGGAAAGGACGCUUGCCAAGGUGAUUCUGGUGGCCCAUUGGUUGUCAACGGUGAACUCGUCGGUAUCGUUUCCUGGGGAACCGGAUGCGCAGAUCCCGAAUACCCAGGAGUCUACGCCAACGUCGCAUCCAUGCGCGACUUCAUCACCGAAAACACCGGAUUGUAAAUCUAAACAUUUUCAA